AUGUAUGAUUGGGGCGCAAAGAAGCUGAAUCUUGGAUUGCUUCGUGAACUACACGUAGAAUUUAUUUUCCGUCGUCAGUGGAAAAGGCUGCACGUUGUGGUUUACUCAAAGACCGAGGGUUUUUUCGGUGCAGUUGACUGGGAUGUCUGCUCAAGGCCACAAAGGAAACCUCCCUACGACGAAACAAACUGGAAGGCGACGGUACCAGGCUUGUGUCAUCCAACACAUCCCACAGGGCCUGGCGAGGAAGAGCCUAAGCCUUGCCAUUUUUGGCAUUUUGGCUUUGGCUUGAAAUACCAAUGGCCCCAAUCAAUUCUUCCAUCUCUUGGCUAA